AUGGCAGAACGUUUAUCAAGGGAUAAAUUGACAAAUGCUUUGAGGAGCGCAGGCGUGGAUUUUCCUCAGUUUGCUACCACUGCGCAAUUAAAGAGGCUAUAUCACCAGGUUGGCUUCGAGGACAUGUGCGGUGCUGAUGACACUACUUUUGCUGGGAGAUUGGCAAAAAGCCGCGAUGAUGAAGCGAAUGCGCCCCCCGCUUACGUACUUCGAGAUAUUGUUGAUAAAACGCUAAUUACUGCAGCUGAUGCCGUUACCAAUACUGCUAGUGGCGCUUAUACUAAUGAUGGCGAUACUGAUGCCGUCGCCAAUUCCACUGCCUCUGCUGCUGCCGUUGCUGAUCCUGCUGCCGUUACCGAUUUCGUCGCUGAAACUAAUACUGUCGAUAUUGCUGCUGUUUCCAAUUCCAUUGUUGCUGCUGAUCCUGAUGCCGUUGCUAAUUCUGCCGCUGCUGCUGUUACCGCCAUCAAUAAGGAAAAUGUUGAUACCGCGGUUUGUAUGAGAAACGCUGCUGCUAUUGUGGGAGGCCGAGGUGUUGACGUAAACUGCAAUUAUGAUGACGACGCAGCUUUAGACCAUGAAUUGCAGAAGCUUAAGAAGAAACGCGAAAUACUCGAGUUACAGCGACAAAUCCAGCAAUUAGAGGCCACAGUGUUUUCUCAUCAGCAAUCACAAUUAGUAGAGCAACAACAGCACCAGCUUCAAACGCACCAAUGCGCAUUCAACGACACUAGCACAAUUGCCGAUAUCAUUGAUGCAUCUGCAUUAGAAGCAGUCACUGGAGAAGCUAUUUUAAGUGCUGAUAUUGCAUCAACCAGUCAACAACAACCACAUAACCAGCAGCAGCAGCAGCGUUCUCAAGAUCAAGAACAGCAACCGGAAAGUUUGAGCGGUGCUCAAUGCUCCUUUUUGAGCGUAAUAGGAGAAGUUCCAGCUGGUAGUAGCGCAUUAACAGAACGAAAUAAAAUAUCUCCAACAUCACUGCCAUUGCUGCUGCAGGAGGAAGAAGACGAAGAAGCGGACACAGGCAACGAGGCUAGAGCAUCGAAGUCACCCGCAGCAGUGGCGGCAUCAGCAGCGACCGCAGCAGUAGCGCUAACAUCAACAACAAUCUUAGUUUUACUGGUGAGCUGUAUUGUAUAA